UCUCUCUCUCUCUCUUUCUAUUGAAAGAGGCCAAGUGAUAUAUUUCAGACAGCGCUCGGUGUAGGCAGUCCUGUUUAGUGCACUCAGCAGGGAAGAAGAAGAGCGGGAACACAAAGCCUAACCCACCUGUAUUCACCUGAAAGCUACUACACCAAAACCAGCAUGGCAAACGUCGGUCCUUCUUUCGGUCUCUCCCGGGAGGUACAGAGCAAGAUUGAUAAGAAAUACGACUCCGAACUGGAGGAGAGGUUGGUGGAGUGGAUCGUCGUUCAGUGUGGCCCUAAAGUGGGCCAGCCGGAGCCGGCCAAGACCGGAUUCCAGAAUUGGCUCAAGAACGGAUGUGUGCUGAGUGAGCUCAUCAACAGCCUGUAUCCCACCAACAAGCCAAUAAAGAGCAUCAAGACCUCCACCAUGGUGUUCAAGCAGAUGGAACAAAUAUCCAUGUUCCUCAAAGCAGCAGAAAACUACGGAGUCACCAAAACUGACAUAUUUCAGACUGUAGACCUCUUUGAAGGAAAGGACAUGGCUGCUGUCCAGAGGACCUUGAUGGCUCUGGGUAAUUUGGCUGUGACAAAAAGCGACGGGUGUUACAAAGGAGAUCCCAACUGGUUCCACAGGAAAGCCCAAGAGAACCGGAGGGAUUUCUCAGAGGAGCAGCUGACUGAAGGCAAAAAUGUCAUCGGCCUGCAAAUGGGCACAAACAGGGGAGCAUCUCAGGCUGGAAUGACGGGCUACGGGCGACCCCGGCAGAUCAUCAACAACCCGUGAAUCCGUGAAGACGCUCCUUCGUCGGCCCUCUGAAAGGCCAGAGAGGACCACAAGGAGAAGUGUAAUCUGACUGUUUGCAAGGAUAAACUGGACUAAAACGGGAACCAAAUAGAACAUCUGCACAUACUUCAUGUCGAGUAGGUCUAGACAAAUAGAUACCUUAAAGUUAAGUUUUUCUUAAACAAGAAUUCCUUUUUUUUGCACGUUUUAACCCACUUAAAACUUAAACCUUUCACCUCAUUUUUGAGCUCUGGAAUUGAAUGAAACAAGUAGCUGCCUUGAAAGUAAGAAGUCCUAUUUGGUUUACAAUAAUGUUAAGCACAAAAUGUUUAGCUUGUUAGCUACAACAAACUAAUCCACUGACAUAGUCGACCGUUUAGUCCUUUUAAAACGUGAAUCGCCAAACAUAGAACACAGUUUGCUUUAACUGCUCCACAACACGAUCCGCAGUUAGAUUUGCGUUCAAUAUGUCGUACCUUCUUUUUAACGUCUGAUAACGUGAUGUAUACUGAGAAUGAUUUCGAAAUAAAGUUUGAUUUGCGUUUAAA